AUGUUCCUAGCUAGCAGGAUUGUGCAACUCCUGGCCAUGCUCGCAUCUACCCUGUCCCUAGCUCUUGGUCCCUUCCUCCUCUUUGGCUCCGCUCUCAUUGUCAUAUCCGCCGGCUAUGUCGUCUAUCAGUACUUUUUCUCGCCCAUAGCUGCUUUUCCGGGCCCAUUCGCAGCCAAACUCACCAAGAUAUGGCGAGCGUACGCCACAUACCGAGGCCAAUGGCAUCGGGAAAUAGUAGAGUUGCAUCGACGAUACGGCAAUGUUGUACGAAUCGGACCGAACGAACUUAUAGCUAUACUCCCCUUCCUCUUUUCCCUCGCCUACUAUAUCCCGUGCUCCACCGCAGAAAUGCGACAGAUGAUAUAUAAUGCGCAGUGUUGCACUCGGGUUCGGGAAAAGGAUAUCCUUGCUAUGGGCGAGUAUCAAGGAUCGCGGCCCUUUGACUUGACAGGGGAACGGCAUGAGAAGAUUCACUCGGCCCAGAGACGGCUCGUAGCACGCACUUAUUCCAUGGAGUCGGUUGUCCACCUCGAGCCCCAGGUCACCCAUCUCAUCGGCGACUUACUCAUCAAGUUUGAUUCCUAUGCUGCAUCGUCACGUCCCAUUGAGAUUGGUAACUGGUUUCAACUCUUCGCUUUUGAUGUCAUUGGAGCCAUCUCCUUUACAAAGCCUUUUGGGUUUGUUGCCCUGGCUAAUGAUGAUGGCAUGUUUACUCGAAUGGAGCGAUCGUUGGGCAACACCGCCUGGCUAAUGCACGUCCCGUGGAUCUUCAACUUUCAUCAAAAGUUCAUCCUGCCGAUUUUUGGAAAUUUCCUCAGGGCAAAUGAUAGAAACGACUUCUUUUUCAAGUUUGCAAAGUCCGAGGUGCAAGGCCGGAGAGACAAGGGAGGCAACGACAACGAUCUUGUGGGACAGCUCUUCCAAGCUGCACAUUCCAAAACGGAACUGAACGAUCUCAUAAUCUCUUACAUGAUGGCGUCCAACGUCUUUGCAGGGUCUGACACCACGUCUGCCGCUCUUCGUGGUAUCUUCCUCAAUCUCCUCCGCCACCCCCAUGUCCUAUUGAAGCUCAGGGCCGAACUGGAGGAGCGGCGGGCCGCGGGCCAUCUUUCGAGUAUAGUCACCUUCCAGGAAGCUGAAGCCUCUCCAUAUCUGCAAGCCGUCAUGCAUGAGGCGAUGAGAGUCUACAGCCCAGUGGGAUUCAAUCCCGACAGGGAUGUUCCCAACGAGGGAAUGACGAUCAACGGCAUAUUUGUUCCCGGUGGUACUGUCGUCGGCAGUAACGCGUGGGUUAUCCACCGUGUGCCUGAGGUAUGGGGUGCCGAUUUUGAGGAGUUCCGGCCUGAGCGCUGGUUGGAGCGCGAGAGCUCGAGUGAACUGAGUGAGAAACGCAUAUCAAGAUACUAA